UUGUGCGCCCUCUCAGCUUGGGAAAAUUAUAUAACAAUUCAAGAUGGCAGCCUCCAGGAUCCCACCCGCUGCGAUGAGUUUGAAGCAGUUUAUGCUGCGUCAGCAGGUGAUUUCACUUUACCGAGAUGUGUUCAGAGCUCUACGUGCUAUGCCUGAUGACGCACAGAAGAAAGAGGUGAAAGCCUGGGCAAAGGAAGAGUUCCGUAGGAAUCAACAUCACAAAGAUGAGAUGGUGAUUAAGAUGCUGCUGACUCAAGGCCGUCAAUCUCUCAGAGAGCUCCAGAAGACUGUCAAUAUGGCUAGGUGAUGACCACAGAUUAAACUCUGAGCCAGUGCAUAGAUGUCCACAUUCAGCUGAGCAUACUGAUGGGGGCUAAAGCAAUCUGGACAUCAUUGACUCUUCCUGAGGAUGAAAUUCUGUGAUUUUACUAUCAUGCAACUGAAGUAUACUUUUCAAAGAUUAUUCAGAGGAGAGGAUCAAAAUGUAGAAGUCACUGAUUUUGUCAAGAGCAGUUUUCUCAGGACUCACUGAGCAUACUGUUGUAGCAAUCUGGAUAUCAACUCAGGCCCUCAGGGUGAAAAUAAAUUCUGGAAUCUUGAAGUAAACUUCUCAAAGGUUAUUCCAAGGAGAUGAUUUGAACCUGAAAAUGAUUCGGUCAGGACUUCUCAGGACUUGGUGAAGCAAGGAUCUUCAGUAAGGUGAGGAAAAUGACAUGACUUUCAGAUGACAAGUUCCAUUGACAAAAAUGGACUGUUUGUUGAUGUAACAGAUAUUUUAGAAAAUACUGUAUAGUUUUACCAAAAAAAAAAAAUUAAAAGUUCUUUAUUUAGCAGUUGCACAAAAGAGAUUGAUGGUAUGCCAUCAGACAUAAUGGAAAUAGCUUCAACUAGGUAAGUCUGUUUUGUCGACUGAUUGGAGGUGUGAUAGCUAAGUCGGUAGAGCAGGGUUUUCCGAUUCCAGUGACCCGGGUUCGAUUCCCACUUUGUGUGCUAGUGGCCUUUGGUAAGGCAUUAGUUCUCAUUACCAGGUAACCCUUGGAGAGGACCAUAAGACCUUGGUCCUCUAGUUGCUUACUUAUUCAUUCUUUCUUAGCAAUCAGGUAAAAAAAAAUCACUAGCGUUUACUAUCAUUAGGACUGUAGCAUUAGUAAGCAACCAGAAGACCAAACACUGUUCCUCUUAUUUUGAGGGAUGUAGGAAUGAGUAUUGACCUUAGUGCAUCAAAAUUAUAUCUAAUUAAAGUUUGUGCAUGAUGAGACAUCUGCAACUACCAAGAUGUGUGAUAAUGAACUCACUGAAUAGGCCUCGGCUAUUUUUAAACGAGGGGACUAAAACUCAAAAGAGUACAACCAUGCUGAGUUCAAAGUAACCUUGUGUUUCGUAUUCAUAAGGCAAAUAGUAGGCAUGGAUUUCAGCUGGGGAAAUUCCAUUAAUCCCCUGCUAGUAAUGAAAUCCAUAAUUCAAAUCAAUCCUAGAUUUUACUGCAGACACAGCUGCUAGGUCAGUAUCAACAAACAAUAUGGCAAAAACGAAUACAAAUAUAAAGAUAUGAAAGGCUUAUUCGUGUGAGUCGGGUGUGACAUCUAUCUGCUUAUCUGCAUAAGUUGACUUUUUUCAGAUUCUAAUCAAUAAUUUAGACUUGGGGGUAUUUCACAAAGAUUUAAGAUUGACUUAUUGUCACACUUAAAUGCAGAAGCAUACAUAAUAUGCAACAUUCAGUCUUAUUGAUCAAUACGCAGUAUUGCACAUCUUCGUCGCAUGAUCUGAUCAAUGCGACCAUACGCAACUAGAAAUUUAAGUGCAACUUGAAGUCAUACAUAAUGUUUGUGAAACACCCCCCAGAUUUGGCAGAUUAUGUAAAGCACGAUAUAAAUAUACUUCCAAGAAAAAAAUUCUUUUUAGUCAAAUUGAUGUUGUGAUACCCCAAAAUUAAAGAAAGGCAGAUUCCAUGAUCACAUGUUAUACACUGAGCUUAUUGCAUUUUCUCUGGAAGCUGUAUAGGGCGAGAUUGGCGAUGUUCAUACCAUCUUAUUGUGUAUUUACUAACUCAACUCAAUAGGCCUUAAUUUGCCAGAAGCUCAAGGGAUAGGUAACAACAGAACAAAGGGCACCUCCUCUACUAAAGAGUAAUCCUUUCAUUGAUGAACUGGUUAUUGAUUUCCUUUCAUAAGCGAUGUUAUGCUUAUUAAAGUGGCAGCCUCACUUGCAUUUGACCAACAGCCCUUAUAUCUACAAACUCAACACAUAGCAUUUUAUCCAUGUUCUGUGUUUGCAACCACAUUACAACAUACAUGCUUUUUUACCAUAAUGGAUGAAAAUGAGAAGUUUGGUCAUUAUUAUACUCCUUUAUUUCAAUUUUUGUUGUUUGAUUAUUGCAGACAAAAUUUUUGCACUCAAAGUAGAUCAUAAAACAUAAUCAUUAUCCAAACGAAUGCUUAUUUCCUUUGGAAAAUCUUGAUGAGCUUUAGUUAGAAAUUGUUAGUUCAACCAUACGUCUGGGCCCUCGUAACACAAAGAAUAGGACGAAUAGCAAAUAUGAAAGAAUGCUUCUGAUUGGUUCCUGGUCAGUAUUUUUAGCCUAAUGCACGUGUGACAUUGAUCCUUAUUGGUCAGUUAAUUUAGCGAUUGAUCACUAAUCUGUUACAGAGUCCAUGCCAGGAUGUGGUAUCGUUUGUAUGAUUAUUUCAUGUGGACUGAUUCAUCUUUCCCAUUUAAUAUUUCAUCAUUAUUUAAUUAAGUUAUUUGAAGGUCUUUCUUUUGAUUAGAGAACAACAAAACAUGAUGGUAAAUCAGAACUCACCAAAGAAUUGUGGAUUCAUAUAUCAUUUAUUCUAGUGCUAGUAGCCUAUAUAAGGGAAAACUCGGUGGCCUUAAGUAGGGAUUAAUGCAAGAACAAAUCAACAAGUCAGAAUGGAAUUGUGUACAUAAUUAUGUUUUAUUUCAGAUUAAUGUGUGGUGCUAGUGCAAAUAAAUAAUAUAUGUUAUACCAGAUAAAUCAAAUAUACAUUUAAGCUGUUCAAAGUA